GCAGCCGGGGCAGAGCGGCCCCGCAGCGGCCGGAGCCGCGCUCUCGGGGGUGGGCAGUGCCAGCCAGGCCAGCUGUGCUCACAAGGGGCAGGGAGAUGGAUCGUGGAGUCACCGUGGAGAACCCCUACGCCAGCGUCAACAUCCCACGGGAGCAGUUCCAGCAGAGCUUCAUCACUCGCUACCUGAGAGAUGAGCCCACCAUCAUCGCCAACCCUGCAGCCGUGCCCUCCUGUGGCAAGGAGGAGCAGACAGACCUUGCUAACGGCUGGAACGGCCCAACCAUCUCCACAGACAAGUCCUGGUCCCGUCCCUACAACCCGUACGCCAGCCUGAGGAUGCCCAAUGGGGACUCAUCUGCCCCCUUCUACACCGUCACCCUGGACAAGGCACCCAAGAGCCAGGAGCGGGGGGCUGGCAGGCGGUGUGGCUGCUGCAGCUGCUGCUCCUGCUGCCCCAAGUGCUGCUGUGUCAUCUCCUAAGGGCCCUCCCUGCACAGCCGGGAUGUGCUGACCAUGGGAUGGGGCCAGGCCAGGCCACAGAGACAUGGCUGCUGCUUUGGGCACCCCGGGAACUGCCCUGGCACCUGGCAGAGCUGGCACUGGCUGGACUGACACUGCUUUAUACCUGGGAACUCUGCAGCCAGAUGUGCUCCUGCCAGGUGGGGCAUGGGGCCCGGGAGCCCUGAGAAUGAUGUGUGCCAGGACAGAUGGCACCAGGAAGUGACUGCACUGGAAAUGGGGGAGCACUGUGAGCCUGCAAUCCUGCACAGAGCCCCUGCCACCACCCCCGUGCUGGGAAACCUCCACCCUGGGAAGGUCUGGCCGGUGUCCACCUGCUCGUGGGUAGGUUUGGAUGCUGGCAGCCCUGUGUGCAUGGAGGACAUCAUUGUCACUGUCUUGGAGAAGUGGAGAGGAGCCAGGGACAAGGCUCCAGCUGGAACAGGGGACCCACCUCCCCAGAAGUGAUUCAUCCCCCUUCCCACAGCAUCAGGGGGAUGCUGCUGGCACCCUGCACCAAACUCUGGAUCCUGCUCCUCACCACACUGCCCAUGGCACAGAGGGACAGAAACAGGAAAGACAGACAGCCAAAGCAUGGCAGAGAUCUGGCUGUGCUCCAGGGCAGCACUGAUGGCACAGCAUGGAUGUGGGCAUUAACAUCCUAGUGCCAGGAAACCCCCAGCCCCAUUCUGUUCCUCCUGCCAGGCUUGUGGGGCGCUGGGCACAACCUCUUGUCCCUUCUGCAUCCCCGGGACAGCUCCAGUGCAGAGGGCUGGCCCAGCUCCAGCAGUGGGGCAGCACUGGGGCAUCUUGCUGGGGAUGCAGAGCCCCAGCAUUCGCCUUUUGCAACUCCCUGGGCUUGGAGGAAGGCGGGAGGAGCCUGCGGGCUCUUCCCAGUGAGCUGGGGCACCGCCAGGCUGGGCUUUCGGCUGGGGCUGCUGCCAUCGACCUGGAACAAGCCUGCUGUUGUGCUGAUGUCCCGCCGUGGUGCUGCCGUCCCUCCCUGGUGCUGGCGUCCCAGGGACAGCUGUUCUGCCAGGCGGCAGCUGCUGCACAACUGCCUGCUCUGCGGGAGCCGGGGCUUGGGAGGAGCGCCUGUGU